UUGUCUUAGUUUAUAUGUUGUCUUAGUUCAGUGCUGGAUGAGGAAGGGAAGACAUGUGAAAACAUAUUAGGAUUCUGAUUUCCCCUGAAAUUCCCUACUGCUUUAAUCAAAAGUGCAAAUUGACUAGUGCUUCCCGGCCUGGCGACCCAGACAGAUAGGGUCUGCUCUAGGCGAGCAGAUGUCUUGAAGGAGAAAUAAAAUGUCACCUCUGAGGCAGAGGAUAUGCCAUCUGUAAACAGAACCGGGAGUUGUGCACAGCAUGUAGUUCCACCCAAUGGAAGUCUUCAACAUUAAUCCCAAACGGACAACACCUUGGAUGAGAGCGAAGAUGAGGCUGAGCUACGCAACGUGAAGCCGCCGACAAUAACGGACACAGUAGACUGCAACUGCUGCCUUGCUCCAAAGGACAGGCUCUCCAGGCAGCCACAGUGAAAGGGGACUGUUGAUCCCAUCUCACAACAGCCUGGUCUUUUCAUCACCUCCCCUUUCUCCCCCAUCCACCCCACAACUCACAGGCAGUGAAACAAAUAGUAGAUCUGCCUAGAAAUCACAGCACCUUUCUCCACUCAGUUUAACAUCCUCCUCUUGAAAGUCAAAUGCCACAGAUAAUAAGCCAGCCUGACUCUACACUGUCCAGGAGACAUUGUGACGGAUUACAAGACCGACACAUGAAAAUAAAACCCCCAGCCUACACAGGACAAUGAGACCAAGGAGGCUCCGACUCGAGUUUGCAUUUUCCUGGGAAAGAAAGGGGGUUCCUGAGAUCUGAAGGUAUUUUUUUAAUGCUCUGCCUCCCUCUGCUGUAAUUUCCGAGAAGUUGUUCCAACGAUGAGAAAUCAUGUCCUAGCAGCAGCGAUUCCUAUGCUCUCCCUGCUGGCAAUGAUGGGAGACACAGACAGCAAAACGGACAGGACGGUGCAGACGGAAGCAGAUCCUGGGCGAUGCAUGAGGCAUCACUAUGUUGAUUCCAUCAGCCAUCCAUUAUACAAGUGUAGUUCCAAGAUGGUACUGUUGGCUCGUUGUGAGGGGCGCUGCAAUCAGUCAUCCCGCUCAGAGCCUUUGGUCUCCUUCAGCGCCGUCCUCAAACAGCCUUUCCGCUCCACCUGCUACUGCUGCCGGCCACAGACCUCCAAGCUGAAGGCCCUGAGGCUCCGCUGCUCGGGGGGCAUGAGACUCACAGCCACCUACCGCUACAUCCUUUCCUGCCACUGUGAACAGUGCAGUUCCUGAGACCUGCCCCACCAUGGGCAGGGCAAGAUAGACUGGUUAUGGCAGCCGGGGAUGCAGGAUUCCUGGGACAUUGACGGAAGCUUGCUGCAUUCCAUUAGCAUUUGAUUACUCCUGCCAAGGCUCCUGAAACCAGCCCAGCUUUGAGAGAGGAAGGGAAUAAAGAAGCUACAACCGUUGCUCUGGUCUACACUGGUCCUGAAGAUUAAAGCCUCACCAGCUUUUUAAUACUGAUGAGAAAAAGAAGCCAGGGAGUUGUCUUCUACUUUCCCCCCAUCAGCCUCCCCUCAAGUUCAGACUUCCUCUUCUUGAGCUCCCAAAGAGAAGUAGAUGACUGUGUCGGCCUGUGAGGAUGAUGGAGAAUGCUAAAAAGACCCUGUCCAAACGUGUCCCUGUAGAGACAGUUCUCAGUCAUGUGGCAAGAGGAAAGGAAGGGGCGAUGUGGACACUAAAAUAAAUGGAGGCAACUCUGGAACUGUCGAUUGACAGUGGGAAGACAGUACAGAAAUAGGUGGAGCUCGGAUUUGGGCAGUUGUGCCCUGUAUGGGAAGAAAGGCAGACAAUUGGAUGGAGAGAAUUUAAAGAAAAAAAAAUGUCUGCCCCAAAAUAUAGACACAGUGGAAGAUUCAACUGUCCGGGAGUAAGUGUUGACAACAAUGAAUGGGCAUUGAGAUGCAAUGAGACUGAACGUCUCUGACAGUAGACAAGCCAAAACACUAAUUGGAUUUUCCUCUUCAUAUUGUAAUGGUUUUGAUUGGAUGCUGGUAAUGGUUGCACGUUGCUUCUUUCCAAAUCACCAAGUUCCUAGGUCUCUAAACAGUGCCACCGACAUUAAAAACAGACGGAAACUGUUGAGGAGAAUUUCUUGUGAGAUACCGGAAGGUCUCAAGCCAGGACGUAUCCCUAAGGUCAACUGGGCUGAGCGUUAUAGGUAGAAUGAUGCAUUUGGAUGGUCAAAAGCUCCAUCAACUUGGCAUCCGCCUGAAGAAAGUUUCAAGUGAUUUCAUUUUAAGUGGAAUUGAUGCUAAAGAUUAAUAUUUCAAAAGCCUGCACCUUAUGUGCUCUCUGAAAGAUGUAGGAAUUAGUUGCAGGGCCAAGUCAGUGUAUUUGUGCAUGCAAAUCAAAGAAUUUCAUGCAUGAUCCAAGGUUUGUGUGUAUUUUUCUGUAACUAGGCAUUUUGGUGGCAUGAUUCACCCAUCACAAAGGCCUUGCUCAUCUUUCUUGCAGUAUGUCUUUUACCCUCAGGAUCAUUGUUAUCCCCACCCAGAGAAAGUCAUCACAAGAUCUGCUCAAUCCCAGGUUUCAAAUUAAAACCAGAUCUUUACCAAACCAUUUUUUUCAAACUUUCUUUGCCCUCUCUGGUUUUUGAAGAUUUGUUUUAAAUCAGAGGGAGUUGUUGCAUGCAGGGCACAGUACCAAGCACAGGAGACACGAUCUCUGCCCUCAAGGAAUUCAAAAUCUAAUGGGAAGAUUUUCAAUCUCUCUCUUUUGUUCCUCCAUGUCCCAGAUCUAAUAAGGCAUCAGUGUGGGAUGACGCCUGGUUUCUCAGGUCAUGAGAGUCAGGGAGCAGUCCCCCUGAAUUUUGUCAUUCCCCUCCAGACAAAUGCCAAAAGAUCCACACCACCAGAGGGUGGGGAAGCCAGUAAGGAAAGGGAAUCUCCAAAAUAAUUAUUUCAGAGCCUAAAUUGGGAUUCGUUAUGUUACUUAGGAAUAUCAACAAUAACAAUGCUCAGAAUAGCUAGGACAAAUUGAGCUUCAACAGGAGAGUGCAAAUUCCUUUUGACUGACAGGCCAAAUUCCAAAGGUUACACUAGCACUGACAGCACAUAAAUGAAUUUGAAAAAUUAAGUGCAAGCUGGAUGAGUCUCUAACCUAAAGAGUUUGUUACAGACUAGAUUUAGAUUGAGACAGGAUUGGUCUCUUUAGCUCUAUCCUUCUUGCCGUCAAGGCAAGGAAAGAUCAAGGAUUGAAGAAGAAAUCUUCUCUGAUUGGCUAUUUCCCUCCUGUCUCCAUUUUCUCCAAUGAAUGGAUGGAGACAAGAGUUUAGUGUAAAGGGAAGUUCAGUAUGGUCCUUUGAGGAACCUAGGUUCAGUAGGAUUAUCAGGUCCCUAGUUACUCUCUCUGAUAACUGAGACGGGGCAAAAACAAAACAAAACAGGGCAGGGGGAGGGAUAAAGACAGUACAAAAUACCCAGUGUGGGAUAUUGUUAGCAAUGAAGAACUAUUCAGAUUUUCCCUGAAGCAGAAAAACAGUUUUAGGCACUUCCAGAGUCUAAUACUCACUGAUUUAGGGGAGAGGAAGAAUGAAUAAAUACAAUUGGGUCAUAUUAAUGAUGGUCUUUCUAGAAAAAAAUUAACUGCUAUAACACAUUAAAGAAAUGGAAAUAAGAAUGUAUUAAAUUAUCAGCCUAAAAAUGAAAUGUGUAGUAACAUUCUAAAUCCUGUACUGGAAUGGGAAGCAGUAAUGAAAGAGGUAAAAAUCCAUGCUGUUUUUGUUAAUGUUUAAUUUGUUCUCUUGGUUAUCUGUUGGCAUUAAAAAGACUCCAGCAGAAGGCAGUGUGAGAAGCAACAUGGCCUGGGAGUCAGAAGGACUUGGGUUUUAAUUCUGGU